AUUACCGCUCGCUCAUGCAAACAAAUGCAUCGUGUGACGAGUGGAGCAGAGCUUUAUAUAACGUCCGCGCGGGUGCAGACAAGUCAGACCACUUGUGGCACACAUCAGCAGCAUCUGGUAGACACUGGUCAUCUUUCUGCAGAAGCCCGACGGAACGUGACAACAUGAAUCUCCCAGCCAGCGUCGCCGUUUUCACCUGCCUCGUCUGCUGCCUCGCCCUCUCUCCGCCAGCCCAAGGGCUGCCAACCGAACACGGCGAACGUGUGCGCCGUUCAUUGUUGCCGAACCCGCCUGCGCCCUCCCCUCAAGGCAAGGGGAAUGUUGAUGUGAACAUUCACAGGGAACGGGGCGUGGGCACAGUGGUCAGUGGGAAGGCAGAGGGCAACAUCUACCGCAGUCCAGACGGCAACACCCGGGUUGACGCUCACGGUCACUGGUCCCGUGUGUACGACGGUCCGGCGCGCGGACAGCGGGAACACGGCGCGGGCGUCCGUUUCUCACACAGCUGGUAAAGCAGCGACGCAGUGCGUCUUUCUAGUCUCACAAAUUCACACGUCUGAAGAUACCCAACGCUGCCGUAAAGUUGAUAACACUUGUGCUUGUUAUACGUGAAGUUCCUUGGUUCAGAUCUCGUUCCUGAGAUGUGUUAUCCUGACUAAGAAUUUUGGUGGAUUUACUCAGUCGCUCCAGGCAAACUCCCGAACAAUAUCCCAAAUUGGUCACGACAGCUUCGUUUCAAAUCCCUUCCAAUUCAUUAUUUUGUAAUCGUCUUACCGUUCAACGCUGUGUAGUGUGAAACACGGACCUGGCUCGAAGUGACGGUCGGCUGGAAAGCUGGCAACACAACCACCACAGAUAUGUGAUAUCGUGUCAGCUGGCCACAGGAGGUUCCCUGUUGGCUGAAACUCUGUUUCCUUUGUGUCUGCUGACUGACAGCGUGUGUACAUUGUUCACUGUACGAUUUGGGCGGCUUCUGAAGUUAACGUAGAUAACACAGUAGUUGGGUGUUCACGGAAAAUGAAUCUGCUAAAAUUUUCUCGGGUAUAACGAGACCCCGAUGUUGGGGAAAUAGUAAUUCUUCGAAACGUAUGGCUAUUAACCUGAGAAGAUUUUAGUAAAUAUGUGAUAUUCAUUUUUAAAAACGCUGUAUUUUCCGUAUACUGUAAUAAUUUCAUAUUAUUUUAACAAAAAUGUCCACCAAACUGUAUAAGAAUAUUACUGUCAAAUAACAUCAUGAAAGGAAUAAAAAAAACGUUACUUUGUUAA